AUGGAACGAGGCGUCAACAUCUCGGGAAGUAAAUGUAACAGUGAAACUCUGCAAGAUUUCGGUGUGACGAGAGACAGAGCUCAAGCAUUGGAGCUGUUUUUAAAGAACCAGCAUAAUAUAACAAUCUCUGAAGAAGACGUAUCAUCGCUGACAGUUAAAAAGCUGAGAGAAAUCGUGGCAAGCCUAGAGGAGUCGGAUUACGCACCAAUGGAGGGCUUGAGUGCUUUCUUUCCUUUUGUUGACCCUGAUGAGCUCGCGGCAGUGGUCGAAAUUGUGGGUAUGCCCACUCUGACGCAAGCUAGUGACAUGAGAGACGACGAAUUCAACGCGUCCGAAGAUUGCCUGUACAUAGUGCCCGGAAUGCAGGGGCUGUAUCAUCGGUAUAGCGAGUUGUGUGAGCGUCUGAAGCUGCCCGCGGUUGUCCUGCAGCCCGGCCUCGACCGGCCCACGGAGGGGCUCCAGGAUAUGACGGCCAGAUACGUCACGAUGUUCCUGAAGCAAAACAGUGAAAGUACCAAAUUUUAUCUACUAGGUCAUGAACUAGGCGUACUUUCAGUGUUUGAAAUAGCUGCAGCAUUGGAAGAUCGAGGUAUGACUGGAACAAUAUUUUGUUUGGGCGGCGGGCCGUACGCGUUCAUAAAUGAACUGGAGCGGCAGCUGCGUAUAGCCUGCGCCGGGCAGAACUCGGAGGCGGCCUUGCAAGAUGCCGUAGCGAGUCAUAUGUGCGCGCUCAUGGGGGUCUCGUCGCCAGAGCUCGAUGCACAGCUGCGUGAAGCUAGUACGUGGGCAGUUAAGGUGGAAAUGAGCGUGCGUGCGCUGCGCGGGCGUGUUACGCACUCUAUGGAGUACGCGCGCUUGCUGAUGGAGUCAGCGUACUCGCGUGUAACGCAGGCGAAGCGCGCGCGACUUUUACCUCGCCCACUCCGCUCGCGUAUAAUUCUUCUGCGCUCGUCUGACUCUUCCAGCGCGGACCUACAGCGCUGGUCGCGCCAACCGCUCGCCGUCCACGAACUCCAAGCGCCGUAUGCGCACGCUGCCGACGACCUCCGCGUCGCAUCCAUCAUCAAUCGCUAUCUUGACGAGGACACAACACAAUGUUUUGCUAAGAAAACUCUCUGCCAUACCUAUCUGACAUUCAACUAA